AUUUACCAUUUCAGAAAAUUCCAGUCCUUUCCAGUAAAAUAUAGAAAGUUGCAAGUUCAUCUAGAUUUUUAUUUUUUCAAAUUUUAUUUUAUUUUUAAACAGAAAGUCUAAUUUAUAAAACUUGACUUUUAUAAACGAGACUCUAAUUGAACACAGUUCUUAUUUCCCUCUUCGGCACAACCGUUAUACAAAUCAACCAUUACUGCCGACUACAAAUUAGGGUUUCGUAUACAUCAGAUUUUGCUGGGAGUUUUGGAUAUUUGGAUCAGGAUUGUGAGGAAUUAGAAAAGAUAAUGGCUAUGGGGAAGAGAUGUGGUUCCAAUGGAUCGGGGUUAGGGUUUGUACAGUACACAAGAUCAUUAAGUAGGAAAAGGAUUGUUAUUUCCAACAAUUUGGAGGUUGAUUCCACGGUCUCCACACCCACGAAGAAGCAGUGCAGUGAGAUUUCAGUUCUGAAUUAUGAGAAAUCUCUUCUUGAAGCUCUGCCUCAGGACAUUCUGAUUAGGAUAUUGUGUGGUGUAACUCAUGAUGACUUGAAGCAACUUAUUUAUGCGUCAAAAUUGAUUAAAGAAGCGACUCUGAUUGCAAAGAAAUGGCAUUUUGCUUAUAGUACGCCUACAAAGAGUUUAGCUUUCCGAAAUUCUAUUGAUUUGGAGGAUUCAAGCGAGGCUGAUGAGGUUGAAGCUCCGAAUGCUCCAAAGCAGCUGCGGUGUUAUCGUCCUCGAGUGAGUGGGAAGAAGCUGGCCAACAUCUCAGUGGCCUUGUUUGCUUCACCGGGAGAAGAGCAGUGGCCAAGGAAAGAGUUAAUUAUGGAUAUGGAAGCAGAUAUAUAAAGUACAUAUAAAAAUUAUUUGGGGUAAAAAUUAUUUGGGGUUUUGUAUAGGACAUUGUUGUUGUAAUACUAGUGGCAAUUCACGAAGUUGGUUAGAUGAGGAUUGAGAUCUGAUUUCUAGAUUUCAUUGGCUUGUAUUCGACAAUAUUUUGCAUUAGAAGCCAUUUCUUCAACCCUUUCAUUGAAGAUGGGGGUGGCUUGUUUAGUAUUGGUUUGUACAUAUGCUGACCUUUCUCUUCUGAUAAAGAUUAUUAUAGGUUGUACAUAUGAUCUGAAUAACCAUGUUUUGAUUUAAAUAAAAUAAAUAUAAGCAAUUUUUCUUUUAAA